AUGCCGUAUACUAGCAUCAUCAGAGUUAUCCUUCCGGCAGGUCGUCGAUCUGGAAUUUGCCCGUGAUGGGUAGAUGGGUAGUUGAAGAUAACCGCGGCAGAAAACUCUGCUUACGGUAAUUUCCCAGCUGGUCUUUCAUACCCUUUCAUUUUGCCCAGCUGGUUGCCCGGGGGAUUGGCAUAGGACAAAGAAAGAAAUUCAUACUGCUCUCGGGCGCGGAUUCUUCCAGCGCGACAGUCCAAAACACUAUAAAUGGCAUGUGGACGACAGGCAAUUCUCCCAUCUAUCCAGCUUUCUCUCAAUGCCGAGUUCAGGGCCUUCUCAUGCGAGAACUGCCCACACGUGCAUUAGCAAUCAUACAAGAGCGGCGCAGAUCUAGAAGGCACGCUGUCUGUGAAAUUUCAUCAUCACAUACACACACCAUUCCCGAAGGAGCCGAAGAGUUGUCUGACAUGGAGACGAUCAACCUGCAGCGCAGCGACGAGAAACUACCCUACGUACAUGAGACCGUGGUCGUCGACUGCUACCUGUCUUCUUAUGAGAAUCCCGAAUACCUGACCUGGAAUGGGCCCAGUAUCCUAUCACCGCGUACGCACCCCGAGGAUGUCUUCCGGUAUGCCAGUGCCAUGCUGUCAUACCCCGUCGAUUGGUUAGAAAUGCACCUUGCGGUCGUCCACAAGUACACGUUCAAUUGGGUCGCCAUCCCACCAUUCUUCCUUCCGCGCGUGGAGUGCAACCUCGGCAACCUUAGGCGGCUCCGCAAUCAGAUCUGGGAGGUAAUCCGUCCAUACAUGCGGACCAUUGAUCAUGCAAACUACCGGUUUCAGAUGUUCGUGUGGCCAAGGGCCGAGCGGGAGCCGGAUACCAGGGGAAGAUUAGGAGUGUUAUCAGGGUCAAACACUAUCGAUCUGGAAAGAAUCCUGGAUCCAGUUCGUUUUGUUGGAAACAUCUCUUGCGGCUUUUAGUAUGGAGGGCAUACUGUGUUCUUCUGUAGCAUGCGACAAGAGGUUAGAAGGCCGCAUUCAGGUAGACUACAUUGGUUUAUGGCUUCAUUGUUUCCUUGCUCUAUGAUAUCUAUUUGUAUCGUUUCCAUGAACGAAGUUACCCGUCUUCUCACCAUCCUACAACUC